UUCUUUAUCAGCAGAUGGAUUUCUAAUUAAAAAACAACUGAUUAAAUGAAUAAUAAAGUAAGGUUUAUCUCUUUUAAGAUAAGGCAUGAACAUGAUUUACACUUGACUUGGUGUUUUUUCACUAUUUAGUGUACAACGUCGUGUUUAAAUUAAAACAGUCUCCUGGGUUGAGGAAUUAAAGAGCGUUUAGUCAACAUGGACUGCAAUUACAAAUCGAUUAUCGUCAGUAUACGACUCCACUGGGAGGCACUAAUGACUACAAAGGUCAAAGAUAUAUCAGUAUUCAUUACAAAGGUUAUUCAACACCGAUUAAGCUCCGAACCAGCAGGACGAGUCUUUAUCUUUAUAUUUCUACAUUUGUUUUUCUUUUUGGGGGAAAAAGACGACAACAUGUUGUCAACAUGUGUACUGUUUUCAGUCUGUUUAUUGGCCACAUGUCACGUAGACGGUAAGUGUUAGAAUAUAACUGAGUAGUUUCUGAAACUACUAAAAAUACCUCUUUAUUACAGCUUCUACAGAUUUGAACCCGUCUGUCUGCAGAAUCUGGAACAAACUGGUAUUUAUAAUGUUUCUUCUCUCUUGCAGGCGACACUUUAAGGGAAGAAGAUGAAGAUUUCAACCAGGAUGUUUUAGAAACAGAUUUUCUCCGUCGUCCUCUGCAUCCUCCGUUCCACUGUCCUGAUAUGAGUCCGUCUCCGACCGUCCCAACCUCAGUUGAAUACGUCAAAGCUGCAGACGUCAAAGUCAUCGCCGCUCUGGGAGACUCUUUAACUACCGCUAUCGGUGCCAACGGUUCCACGAUUUUAGCGAUUCCUUUUGAAUUUCGUGAGGUGUCCUUUAGCAUCGGAGGAUAUGGAACUUAUCAAAAUGUCAUCACACUGGCAAAUAUUUUUAAACUCUUCAAUCCCAAACUGCUCGGUCCGUCACCCGUGAAGACUCUCCACGGUUCCCCAACGACCGUCAACGAGACCGGCUUCAACUUCGCCGUCACCGGACACAACACGCUAAACGUCACAGAUCAGAUAAGACACAUGAUCGACACGUUCAAGUCUUAUCCAGGUCUGAACUUUGAGGAGGACUGGAAGGUGGUGACGAUGCUGAUCGGCAUGAACGACAUCUGUGAUUACUGUAAAGACAAAACUCUGUUCUCCCCCGACUGCUUCGUUCACUACAUGACAGAAGCUCUGGACCUGAUGAUGAAGGAGAUGCCCAGGACGAUCGUGAACGUGGUUCAGAUUUUCCCCAUGAAGCCUCUCAGAGAAGUUCAGAGACCGACUCUGGGCUGCCAGCUGCAAAAGAGUUUCUGCUCGUGUCUUGUUCUACCUGAAGAAAACUCCACUGAGCUGACGGAGCUGGUUGAGAUUAACGUUGAAUUCCAGAGGAGAUUAAAGGAGCUUCUGCGCGGCGAUCGUUUCUUCAAAAAGGACUUUGCCGCCGUUCUGCAACCUUAUUUAGAGUACUCAGGACCAGCAAGACUUCCUAACGGGAAGCUUGACUUGAGCUUCUUCACGGCAGAUUGUUUCCACUUCACCGUUAAGGGACACGAGGAGCUGGCGAAGGGACUGUGGAACAACAUGUUCCAGCCUGACGGAGGGAAAGAGAUGAUAGAGACGUUUACAGAGCCAAUAAAACUCAUCUGCCCAACAAAGGAGCAUCCGUACAUCUACACCAGACCUCGAGGGGGGUCGUCUACACCGGCGCUGAACCAUUUCUCCAUGACGAUGAUGUCUCUGCUCUUUGUGUUUAAUUAUCUGUAGUUCAACAGGCAGAGCAAGACGACACCAACACCGCCUGGAUGUGAAGGUUUCAUUCACACCGAUCCAACUGAUUUAUUUUGCGUGAAAGAUGCUGUUAGUUUAAACUCUCCGGGCGACAAAUUGCAUCUUCAAUGAGUUAAAUAGAUAUGAUUUUUGUUAUCUAUACAUUGACCAAUAUACUGUAUUUUGUGCAUUAGUGAUGUCUCCUCUUCUGCGAUUAGAUAUACUCAAAAGGUUUCUGACAUUUUCUCAAAAAUUCAACACAAUUGUUUCUACCCAUCACUCACGAUUGAGGUAAAUAGCAAAAUAUACAAAUCAAUUAUAACUUUGCAUCUUGUUGUUUACAGAUUCUUCAGAAGAACUAAAUCUUCCUGUUAACUUAAAGUGCUCUUAAAAUCAUAAUUUAAGUCAUUUAUUUUGUGAAAAUACAUUACCAGCAAACAUUUGCUGGUUAUAUAACUGUACUGACUUGUUUUUGAGGUUAUGUUUACUUGUCUGGCACAUUUGUUUUUGUGUUGACAAUGACUUAAACAACAAUAGAUUUAAUGGAUCCAGUCGUACACGUACAUAUUGUAUACAUAAAUGUCAAUGCAUAUGCACAUUAUCAUGUCACGGAGUGCAAAAAAAAGAAUAUUAAGCUCUGAUUUUGUCCCAUCAUGUCUUAAAAAUGUUGCGGUUGUGUAAAUGUAGUAUUGAAGUGUGUAUCUGUUUACACUGGGAGAUGGGAGCACUGUGAUGAACCUGUGAUUUGAAUAUUCUGUGGUCUGAUUUGCAAACAUUUGGAUAAACUCCAAACUGAAAUGUAGCUGUAGAUCAUUCAGUAAAAUGAACUAUUUAGUUUAUUUACUUUACUCAUGACAGAUAAUUAUCCACCAUUACAAUGUAAUUUAACAUUGGCUGAUGCUGUAACGUGGUAAGUAAGAAUUAUUAGAAUUAUUAGAAUAUCAGUAAAAAUGAUGAAUAAUGAUCUCUUUAUAUUAAAUAGUAUGA